AUGCUCAAGCAUUCUUUGGGAGCACGCAGCCCCAUCUUUCGUCUGGAAACGGACUCGCUCCGGGCCAUCUUCGAGUUCGUCGCAGACGUCGAUCGCCCGCAUCCCGAUUCCCCAUCCGUGGUCAAAUGCUGGAUGAAGAUAGGGCACAUAUGUCGACUAUGGCGCCUGAUUCUCCUAGAUAUGCCAGCGCUGUGGGCGCGCGAUCUAUGUGUGUUCGGAUGGCAUACCUCGUUCGAUAUGAUCUUAGGCCGUGCGCGAGAUGCGCCUCUUUGUCUCGACUUCUUCCCCAAUUUGCGCCAUGGAGGUCUAGAAGAUGCGCCGAGUGACCUUAUUGCUCGUAUGGCUCCGCUAGUAGCUAGAGCGCGUGAGCUCUCAUAUUUCGUCGAGGCUUCUAAGGACUACGAUACCAUCGUCGCGGCCAUCUCUCAGCACACAAGCAGCUUGAAGGAGCUGACUGUAGACUGGUACAUGCCAAAAACGGCAGAUGCGACAUGGCACCCUGUGCGGCUCCCUCCUGAUUCCUGUAUCAAUUACCUUGAAAUGCAAAAUAUCAUUAUAUUCCCUCCACUCAACGGGUGUUUGACACGGUUGAUCAUCAAUCUUAUCAGCCUGCCGGAUGAAAUCCGGUUUCCCCACCACGAGAUUGUAGACAUUUUACUCGGCAAUCCGGCGCUAGAGUUAGUGGAGAUGAGAAACGCCAUGCGUGAAGGUCACACUCAGCUCGGUCGGCCUCGCAUUGUCCUGCCAAAGCUAGCGCACUUCGGCGUACAACGUAACGCCGCUCGUGCAUGCCCGUCUACGUUUUCCCUCCUCGCGCUCUUGGACUUACCUGCGGUUACGAACCUGAGGAUAAUAGAGAGUCACGUCAGUACAAGAGCGCAGGUCUCUGAAGGUUUUGAUGCCGUACUCAGAGCGUGCUCUACCUCUCCUAUCCUCGCGUCGCCCACUAUCUCGCUUCACGUCGACAGGGAAUGGACAUUUAGAACCCAACUCCCUCCCAUGCUGAAGGUCUCUAUCAGCUCUACACCAUGCGCGAUUUCGCCGUCAGGGAACUCAAUACACCCCGUACUUAUACUUUCCACGGCUCCUGAUUCGCACGCUGAGCUGGAAAGAACAGAGUCAAACGCAAUGCUUAUGGCCGUAUUGCAUCAGCUCGAGGAUGUUGGCCUACCCGAUCGCGUCGUCAGACUAUCAUGGGCACCAGAUCCAUCCGAAGCAGAGCCCGAGUAUUGGUCCACGGUACUAUGCCCUUUCCCGAACGUGUCCUACCUCACGGUCAGAGGAAACACGAAUGCGAUUAUCAACUCGCUUGACACGCUUAGACGCUGCGACGACGAUGUCCUCGUGGUUCCUCACUUGAGUUGCUUGGAGAUCAGCCACGACAAGGUCCUCGAGGAGUUUCCAUGGUCGGCGCACUUCGAGGUUAUGCUCCACGAGCGAGCAGGGGCGGGAAGACCUAUUCGGGAGGUUCGUCUCGGAAAGCCACUGCUCAAGCCUGCGCCACACGAAACCUCGUUGCCGCGUUAUGUAGCUGUCAUAGAUUACAUGGAGGCUAUAGCGCGAAGACUGGACGCCAGUAUGGUCGUGCAAGAAUGGUCGGAGAGCUGGGCUCGCGGAGCUUUAGGAACAGCGUUCAUUCUCGAUUACAAAGACUCCAGUGUAUGA